ACACACCCUCGAAUUCUGAACCAAGAAAAGCAUUAAUAAAACCAAUAUCCAAAGAAAGCCUGGUCACUCUGUGACAGAGUCUCUAAAAUGGGCUUUAACAGCCUGAAACCUCCCCUACUCUCCUCCACCAAAACAAUUCUCUCCUCCACACCUACCAGACACGCUUUCUCCAAACUUAUCUCUCCACUUCCCUCCAUAUCCACCUCCUUCACCAAAACCCAUUUCAAUUUUUUAUCUCCAAAACCAACUGCCCACUCCAUUUCAGCUACUGCUUCUAUUGGGUCCAUCUAUCAAACCAAGCGGCAGUUUCGUGGUGGUGGGGUCAUAGCCAUGGCUGCUCCUGGGUCCGUCCAGAAGUCCGAGGAGGAAUGGCGUGUUGUUUUGUCCCCAGAGCAGUUUCGUAUUUUGAGACAAAAAGGCACAGAGUAUCCUGGCACGGGGGAAUAUGACAAAGUUUUUGAAGAGGGUGUCUACGGUUGUGCAGGAUGUGGAACACCCCUGUACAGGUCGACAACCAAAUUUAAUUCCGGUUGUGGUUGGCCAGCUUUCUACGAGGGUCUUCCUGGAGCCAUUAAUCGCAUUCCGGAUCCAGAUGGUAUGAGGAUUGAAAUUACAUGUGCAGCUUGUGGUGGACAUCUGGGACAUGUGUUUAAAGGCGAAGGGUUUCGAACUCCCACCGAUGAACGCCAUUGUGUCAAUAGUGUAUCGCUUAAGUUUGAACCUGCAAAUUCUUCCCAGUGAAAACUAAUGGUGUGGUUAUUUCAUGGUUCAGUACCAUUGGUUCUGUAUAAAACAUGACUCUGCGUUUAGCCAAAUAAAAAAUGACUCUAUCACUGUUGGUUAUAA